UGGCAUGAUCAUUGAUCAUUAUUUCCAAUUACUCUCUUCAUUCCUGAAAUGAUCGUAGCAUCAAAGACAGAGAGAGAACCCAUUGUUCUAUUGGGCUACUAUGUUUUCUUCUUCCUAUGUGUCAUCAAAUCAAAGGCCAAGUGUUCAACUGGUUGUGACCUUGCCAUGGCUUCAUACUACGUGUGGCAAGGAUCAAACCUCACCUACAUCGGCAACAUCUUCGACCAGCAAAUCUCCGAGAUCCUCCGGUUCAACCCGAACGUCCCAAAUCAAGAUAGCAUUCGGGCCGGUACUCGGGUCAACGUUCCAUUCUCAUGUGAGUGCUUGAAUAGCGAUUUCAUGGGCCAUACUUUCAAGUACAUAACUCAGGUUGGUGAUACAUAUGAGAAGGUUGCUAUGGUGGCUUUUGCCAAUCUGACUACUGAGGAUUGGGUGCAUCGGGUCAACGUGUAUGAUCCGACCCGGAUACCCGAUAACGUCGAGAUCAACGUGACAGUGAAUUGUUCGUGCGGUGACAAACACGUGUCCAAGGAUUAUGGGUUGUUCGCGACGUACCCGCUUUACCCUGGGGAGAAUCUGUCGUCGGUGGCAGCGGAUUCGGAUGUUCCGGUGGAGUUGUUGCAGAGGUAUAAUCCAGGGUCGGAUUUUAGUGCAGGGACCGGGUUGGUGUUUGUGCCAGCAAAAGAUCAAAGUCAAACAUUUCCACCAUUCAAGUCCAGUUCAACAGCAAUCUCGGGUGGAGUCAUCGCUGGCAUAUCUGUUGCAGCAAUUGCUGGGGCUCUGCUCUUGGCAGGCUGUUUCUAUUUUGGAUUUUACAGAAGGAAGAAGGUGAAGAAAGAAUCAUUUCUCCUCAGUGAACAUGCUGUUGAGCUUAGGAAUGGUCCUGGAAUUACCUUGGAGAAAACUUCAGAAUCAGGUCCUCUUGUUGCUGGUGCUUCGCCAGUGCUUACAGGUAUCACUGUGGAUAAAUCUGUGGAGUUCUCAUAUGAAGAGCUUGCCAAGGCUACUGAUGACUUUAGCUUGGCUAAUAAGAUUGGUCAAGGUGGUUUUGGGGCUGUUUACUAUGCAGAGUUAAGAGGCGAGAAAGCUGCAAUUAAGAAGAUGGAUAUGCAAGCAUCAAAAGAAUUCCUUGCUGAACUGAAGGUUUUAACACAUGUUCAUCACCUGAACCUGGUACGUUUAAUAGGUUACUGUGUUGAGGGUUCCUUAUUUUUAGUCUAUGAAUUCAUUGAGAACGGCAACUUAGGUCAACAUCUUCGUGGUUCAGGGAGGGAACCGAUGCUAUGGCCUACUAGGGUGCAAAUUGCCCUUGAUUCUGCUCGAGGACUUGAAUAUAUCCAUGAGCAUACCGUUCCUGUUUAUAUCCACCGUGAUAUUAAGUCCGCAAAUAUUUUGAUAGACACAAACUUCCGCGCAAAGGUUGCAGACUUUGGACUGACGAAACUGACUGAAGUCGGGAGUGCUUCAUUGCACACACGCCUUGUGGGUACUUUUGGAUACAUGCCUCCAGAGUAUGCUCAGUAUGGUGAUGUUUCUCCCAAGGUUGACGUUUAUGCGUUUGGAGUUGUCCUUUAUGAACUAAUAUCUGCUAAGGAAGCCAUUGUCAAGACGAAUGAAACCAUUACCGAAUCAAAGGGACUCGUUGCUUUGUUUGACGAAGUUCUUAGUCAGCCUGAUCCUAGAGAAGAUCUAAGCAAAUUAGUUGACCCCAGGCUUGGUGAUAGUUAUCCCAUUGACUCAGUCCAAAAGAUGGCUCAGCUAGCCAAAGCUUGCACACACGAAAAUCCUCAACUGAGGCCAAGUAUGAGAUCAAUUGUGGUUGCACUAAUGACGCUUUCAUCCACCACCGAGGAUUGGGAUGUUGGCUCUUUCUAUGAAAACCAGGGUUUAGUCAACCUAAUGUCGGGAAGGUAGAGUGUGGUUCGUCGUGAAAACCAGGGUUUAGUGAUGCCUUGACAAACGAUACUUGUGUAAAAAGGCUUCACUGACCUCCUUCAAAUGUCAUUUGUAAAUGUCUGCAAUUGAUCUUUUCAGCGGCAACUUGCAGAAGGGUUUUAUGGAUUCUUUUUUAUUUGUUUUAUUUCAAUUUUUUGUAAAGUAAUAUUCUUAAAAGUAAAAAAAUAAAAUAAAAAAUUACGGGUGGUGAGGAUAGAAGAAGAAAAUAGCAGAAGAUGCUGAUUAGUUUGUGCGUCAUUUGAAGGUGUGUACUUGUGCUGUUGUUCAUAAUAAGAGGCCAACAAUUUGUUCUUAA